AUGGUUCAAGAUAAAAUAGAUUCUUUCUACAAAAGAAAAAGAAAUGCUACAACUGUUGAUGUUUCUGAAGCUGAACCAUUGGCAUUAGCAUUGAUUGAAACCGAGUUGCCUGAGCAAAAUCAACCAAGUCAAAAUGAAGAACAUCAGACAAAUGAACCUGUCAUAUUUAGAGGCAUUGAGUUUUUGGAGCGAGAUCCCGCAUUACGCCCACAGAUUUGGGAAUAUCCACAUGAUGUGAGAGAUGAAGUACGAAGAGCAUACAUUCGGUUAGGUCCUAUGCAACCCAAACUGAAGAAAUACAAGGCAUCCGGACCACCUGGGCAUCAAAGACGUUUCCAAUUCAGUUGGUUUAAUCUUUUUCCAUCAUGGCUAGAGUACUCAGAAAGUGGCAGCUCUGCAUACUGUUUUUAUUGCUUCCUGUGCAAUAAAAACAUCAAAAAGCGCAGUGGUUUUGAUGUAUUCACGGCAAAAGGAUUUGAUGCUUGGAAGAGAGUUAAUAAUGGAUCAAGGUGUGCGUUCUUAGCUCAUAUUGGAUCCGGACCAUGCUCUCAACACAACAAUGCAGUGAGGGACUGUCUAGCUCUAAUGAACGGAUCAAAGCCAAUUUCAAACAUCAUAGAGGUGGAGAGCAACAAGGACAGAGAAAGAGAUCGUUUACGGCUCAGAACAUCAGUUGCUACUGUUAAGUGGCUCACAGUGCAAUCUUGUGCUUUUAGAGGCCACGACGAGACAGUCAAGUCAAGAAAUAGAGGGAAUUUUGUGGAAAUGCUAAAACUUCUUGCAGAAUUUAACCCUCAAAUUGCAGCUGUCAUUUUGGAGAACGCCCCAAAAUGUUCUAGAUACAUAUCUCCUAAGAUUCAAAAGGAGAUCUUGGGUAUUUAUGCACAGAAAGUUAGGGAGCAUAUUCGCAAUGAAAUUGGUGAUUCAAAGUUCUCUAUUCUAGUGGAUGAAACAUGUGAUGCGGCGAAAAGAGAGCAAAUGGCUGUGGUUUUCAGAUUUGUAGACAAAGAUGGUGUUCUACAAGAGCGAUUCUUUCAGCUGAUACAUGUAAGGAACACCAAAUCGUUAACAUUGAAGGGAGAGUUGUCUACUCUAUUAUCCAAACAUGCUUUUGAUGUUCAAAAUCUUAGUGGCCAAGGAUACGAUGGGGCAAGCAACAUGAAGGGGGAGUUUAAUGGAUUACAAGCACUAUUUCUUAAAGAGUGUCCCUAUGCCUAUUAUGUUCAUUGCUAUGCACAUCAAUUGCAACUUGCCCUUGUUGCUGCAUCUAGGGAUGUGGUCCCUGUUAGCCAAUUUUUUCAGAAACUCCUCUUUAUUAUAAACACAGUUGAUUCCUCUUCAAAGCGACAUGACGAGCUACAUGAUGCACAACUUGCUGAAAUUGCACAGCUGAUAGAUGCUGCUCAUAUUGAAACAGGCCAAGGUGCAAAUCAGAUCAGGUCCCUUAAGCGACCAGGAGACACUAGAUGGGGAUCUCACUUAGGUUCCAUUUCCAGUCUUAUGGAUAUGUUUAAUGCUGUCAAUUCUAUUCUGCAAACCAUAGCUUGUGAUGCAACGGCUGGCUCAAACCGUGCAGAUGGAGAUACAGGUUUCAACUACUUGACAUCUUUUGAGUUUGUAUUUGUCCUAUGCAUGAUGAGAGAAAUCUUAGGAAUCAGCGAAGAGCUUGGCAAGGCUUUACAGAAAAAAUCUCAGGACAUAGUGAAUGCAAUUCGUCUAGUGUUAUCUACCAAGACCCUUCUUGAACAAAUGAGAUCAGAUGAGGGCUGGGAAAUAUUUUUCUUCCAGGUCAUCGAGUUUUGUGUGGAUCAUAGCAUUGAUAUUCCAGACAUGAAGGAGACAUACAUUCUGCGUGGUGGUCGUGCUCGACGACAGGCUGAUUAUUUCACCAAAGAGCGGUAUUUUCGAGUUGAGGUCUUUCGAGCAACUUUGGACAGCCAACUGAAUGAAUUAAAUUUGAAGUUCAAUGAGAAAGUGAUGGGUCUUUUAUCUAUAAGUGUUACUCUGAUACCAAAAAAUGGGUUUGUUUCUUUCAAUGCUAAAGAAAUUUGCAAAAUGGUGGAGAUGUACUAUCAAGCAGAUUUCACACAACAGGAUAUUAUUGGAUUGGGGCAUCAACUGAACCAUUUUGCUUUGGAUGCUUCCAAUAGUGACGAUUUGAAGAAGCCUGCAACUUUGACAGCACUUUGUCGAUGCCUUCAUGUGUCUGGACGACACAAGAUCUAUAACUUGCUUGACAGAUUGUUGCGUUUGCUUGUCACUCUACCCGUUUCCACUGCUAGUGCUGAGCGUGCAUUUUCUAGUCUGAAGAUCAUCAAGACCAGAUUGCGGAAUAAGAUGGAAGAUGAAUUUCUUGCCAAUAGCUUGCUCGUACAAGUAGAACGAGAAAUUGCAGCGCAGUACAGCUAUGAUGAUAUAAUCGCUGACUUCAAGGGCCGAAAGUAUAGAAGAGCUACUCUUUAA